AUGUAAUAAGAAAUUCCUUUGAACGUAGCAGAUUAAAUAAUAUAGGAUUAAAUGAAAGAGUUAUAGUAAAAUUUUCAACUUGUCGAAAUUGCGGAAGGAAGUCAAGGAAUUUGUAAAAAGAGUGAAGACCGAGUCUAUAAGUUCUUAAAUUUAAAAAAUAAUAUCUUAACAUUAGAUGUGUUGAGAGGAAUGAAUCAAAAUGAACUUUAUUGUUUGCAAGAAUUGGCUAUCAGCGGUUAUACAUGUGAAGUUUAGAAUGAUAAAUGCGAUAAUUAAUAUAUGUUGUGGAUCACAACAGCAUAUAUGAAUAUGGGCACCCUUGAUAUGGAUUGUCUUUAUUGGGAAAAUUAGCACCCGCACAGAUUAAAUUUAGAGACAAUUACUAUUAUUUGUAAUCGAUUACUCAACAUAUUAAACUAUUUUCAUAAAAAUUGGAUAUUCCAUUUGGAUGUGCAACCUAGCAAUAUCUUAUUUCACGAAGAAUAUUAAUUCUGUUAUUCAAGUGAGAAUAAUGACAUAGAAUUACCAAUUGAGUAAGGGCUCGAACAAUUAAGGUAGAAUUUAGGAAAUAAUCAAUAAACAUCUUAUAUGGAAUAAAAUAUCACUCGUGAUUACACGAAUCUGCAAUGCAUUCUAAAUAUGUAAUUUUAAGACUUAUAACCUAACGGAAGACGUUAGUUAAUCGAAAGGAGGUUUGGAAAUGAACAUAUUGAUCAAUUAGUAUUUUGGAUUAACAGAUGGCUUAAGUUAUAAGGAAUGGUAAAUUUUAAUCCAUAAUGUAUCUAUGUAAAAAAAGGGAUCAAAAUUUGUUUUUGUGAUUUCGGUUACUCUCAAAAAAUUUAAGAAUAGGAGUUAUCAAGACCAGAAUUUGAAGCUGAAUUCUUUAAAACUCCCUACCAAAUUUUAGGGAAAAUUGUAAAUCCAAAUGAGGUUAUACAGGCGUGGAGGAUUGCUAGAUAAUAAGAUCUCUUUUGUUUAGGUAUGACAAUGAUCAAUCUAUUAAUAAAUAAUGGACAUGCCUUAAUUGAGUCCAUUGAAUUUUGUCAAGAGAAAUUAGUUGAAUUUACAAAAUUUCUUUAAGAUACUUACGGUGAAAUUAACCUUCAAAAGGCUUGUACUUGUGAUGUUUAGAAAUUUCUCUUAAAAUUAUAUAGUUGUCUUAAAUGGUUGUAAAAAUACAUGAACAAUAAUCCAACAUAUUAUUUGAUUUAUCGUAUGUUGAGUUUCAGGUUCACAUCAGAUAUUCCCUUAAAUAUUUAAAGAGAUUAAGAUAUACCAUUAAAGACAAUUAGAGAGGUAUAAAAACUCUGUAACGAGAUGAGAGUUCAAACAGGAUUAUGA